UUGAGAGGUUGUACUCAUUAGCAAUGCUGCUGAAAUGCUUAUUAUAUUAAAUGUCUUCUACCACCCAACCAGACUGGAGAUGGUGUAAAACAAAAUUGCAAACUUAAAUGAGUUUGGGGUAGCGCAAACUUAAUUUCUAAUUUCCUGUUUCAUGUUAUCAGUCCAGAAGAACAUCCUUUAAACUUUUUAUAGUAAGAUGGAAAACUGGAUGAGUGAUUUGAUACAGAAGAUGGUGGGGCAGAGGUAUUGGACCAAAAUGGAGAAAAAGCAGAGAGAUUCCUGGGGAUAGUUGUGGAUGUAGGAUUCAGGAAAUGAGAGUUGUGUUCUGGCACAAACAGAGCAGGAUAACUGUGGGCAUGCAGUUACGUAUUUGUUCCCUGUUCCUCAUACCUACAAAACAGGGCUGUGUUCAGUGCAUUUAAUUGGGAGUAAAACUGUUUUGAAGUGUUCAAGAAUGAUAUGGUGCUGGAGACAAAAUGAUUUUCUGUUUGAGGUAAAGGUAGUGAAUUGAAAAUGUGUGUGUAAGGGUAUUUGGUUCUGGAUGGUAUGAAUGUCCUUUCAGACUUCAUUGGACAGCAGUGUAUUUCAGUGGUUAUGGUUUCUUUUCCAUUUUUCAUUCCUCUUGAGCAUGUGAAGGUGAGUUUAGCAACUGAAGCAUUACUGAAACAUGUCUCAAGGACAGGCUCAGCUCUUUCUCAGAGGGUGACAGCUGCUAGCAUCUUAACCAUGAGUAAGCUCAGCUGUGGCAGUUGCACAGAUGUGCUGAAUCUUCUUCCUGUUGCAUGUGGCUUCCUUCCCUGAACUCUUUGGUCUGUUGUUGGACUAUAGACUGAGCCUUAUUUCCACUCAGAGUCCUAAAUCUAGAGGCCUUUCCUGUUUAAGUUCAAACUGCAGCAUUGCAAGGAAGGACUCUGUUUCAGGACCGGAGCAUGGGACUUUCAGGGAGCCAAGCCACUGACUGAAGUUUUCUAACAUGCAGAGCAGAUCCUUGACCUGUACUCUGUUUUUGUAAUAAAGCAACUAUUGUGGCUGAGAACCGUCUCAGUUGGACUCUGCACAAAGCUAAACUUCUACUUUUCUGUGCUAGACAAACUUAGAGAAGAUAGCUUAAAUUCCUGUGCUCCAGAUGAGUUUAACUCCAGAAGUGUAAUUAGUGUGGGCAACACUGUUUUGCUGGGUCUGUUCUGAUGUCUACUGCUGGUUUUAUGUGUCAGUGUUUAUUUUUGGUACCAGGUGGUGAUACUUCUGUCCUGUGGGUUUCUAAAGAGCAAGACAGAAUCUUUGCUAUGAACUUCACUCUUUCGUCAAGUUAGCAAGCCUCUUCAAGAAGCAAAUGAGGUAACUGAAACAGCACAUCAUACCAGGUGCUCUGAAGAAAACAAUUCCAUCCCUGCUGAAACAAAAAGACACUUGUGAAGAUCACUGAAGGGAGCAUUCACCUUGAACAAUAAUCAGUUUUUUCCCUGUCUGUUCUAAAUGGCUUCUAAGAAGUUGGGAUCCGACUCUCACGGGCCUUUCAGCUAUCUUGAUGAUGUCCCAUUUAAGAUAGGAGACAAAUUUAAAACCCCUGCGAAGGUUGGAUUACCUAUUGGUUUCUGCCUGCCUGAUUCUUUUCAGCUUGUCAGAGAAGCCCAGUAUGACUUCUCCCUGGAAAAGAAAACAAUUGAAUGGGCUGAAGAUAUCAAAAAAAUUCAAGCUGCCCAGAAAGAAGCUGAACGCAAGGCUGAAGAAGCAAUAGCAAACUCAAAAGUUGCUCCAGAGGACAGCAACAGAAUGGGGUUCGCAGAGGGACCUUGCCCCGAGGCCAUGCCUCCACCAAUUAACCCCAUACUUGCUAGUCUGCAGCACAAUAGUAUUCUUACUCCUACUCCAGCCAACAGCAGUGCUGUGAAGCAAAAAGUUCUUAGUCCACCUCAUCCAAAAGCAGAUUUCAACCCAGCUGAUUUUGAAUGUGAAGAAGACCCAUUUGACAAACUGGAAUUAAAAACUAUUGAUGAUAAGGAGGAAUUAAAAAACAUUCUUGAAAUUCACGUUGGUACUACUGGGCCAGUUGUUGCCCAACUAUUAGACAACAGCUUGCCCAAAGGAAGGUCUGAGUCUGUGUUACAAGAUCAGGAAGUUUUGGCAUCCAUAGAAAGGGCCACGUUGGACCUCAAGCCCCUUCACAAACCCAAUGGCUUUAUCACUUUACCGCAACUGGGAAACUGUGAAAAGAUGUCCUUGGCUUCCAAAGUGUCCCUGUCCCCUAUCACUUCAGUGAGCAAUAUUAAAUCCCUGUCCUUUCCUAAGCUUGACUCCGAUGAGAGCGAUCAGAAGUCGUCAAAGCUCAUGAGCACUUUUCACAGCACUAGUUGUCUCCGCAAUGGCACUUUUCUCAGCUCUUUGCAGACCUGUGCUCAGAAUAAAGCUAGCGAAUUGAAUGGACACCAUAUGGUUGAUCUUUCUGCUGUAAAUGAGGACAGUGGAAUGGAUACAUCAACAUUAUCCUCUUCAUCCAGACUGCCGUCCCUGGCUUUGUCAACACUGUGUACAGAAGAACAAAGCACAGUGACCACGGUACACCCAGACAAGGAGACAGAAAUCCCUAUGGUAACACACCAAAAUUUCCCAAUGUCUAAAGUGCCCAACAGCAAGACCUGCACAAAGCAGUCGAGUGUCCCUUUUCCGGAGUUACAGCAGGCUCUCUCUGCUAGCGAGAGGCAGUGCAUAGAGACAGUUGUCAACAUGGGCUAUUCACCUGAGAAUGUCCUGAAAGCCAUGAAGAAGACGGGGCAAAACAUAGACCAGGUUUUGGAUUACCUGUUUGCACAUGGACAGCUUUGUGAAAAGGGCUUUGAUCCACUUCUUGUUGAAGCAGCUUUGGAGAUGCACCAGUGUUCAGAGGAGAAGAUCACAGAACUUCUGCAACUAAUGAGUCAAUUUAAAGAAAUGGGCUUUGAACUAAAGGACAUUAAGGAGGUCUUAUUAUUACAUAACAAUGACCAACAGAAUGCUUUGGAAGAUCUAAUGGCCCGUGCAGAAGCCAGCUGAAGCACAUUCCUGAGUUCUUAGCAAUGGAAGAGCCCCACCACCUUCACGUUCAGUGUGACUUGCUCUCAGCAAGGAGUCCAGUUUUUUGCAUACAUGGGAAAAUGACUGAGCAAGCCUGCCUGCGUGCAUCACUCCAGCAUUUCUCUUUUCACUGGGAGCCAACUUUCUUUCUUAAAUUAAAUUUUUGAAGUGUCCUUUCCUAAGUUUCCUUUUUCCAGCUUGGCCACGGAGAGUUUAGACUGCCCAGCCGCUCUACUGGAAUUGUAUAUAGACAGAGACAGGAGUGGUCCUCCUCAUUGUUGCACUGGAGUCGGACAGGGGAUUACUAAAUUUCUGAAACAUGCUUUGUCUUUGAAGCUGCUUUCUUGGUGUUUGCUUGUACUGAAUUACUUGACUGUGUCACAGUCCAGAUUAUCUGGUUAAAUUUGACCUUUAGUGCAAUGGAGUUUUAUUUUUUGGUUGAAAGUUAGCCUGUAACUUAGUGAAACACUGGUUUGGAAAUUGUCGCCAAGCAUAAAGAGAGAAGCUGUUCCUCUUGUUUCUUCUUUAAUUCAUGCAUCCAACACUUCUGCCAGACAUAAGUGUCCUAUGCUAAGUGGUAUAAGUUCUCUUGAAAUAUAACCCAGACUUGCAAUUUGUGGUGGUUCUUGAACCUGAAGGCAGAGAGCUGGGGCUCAGUAUUCUUAAUCCCCCUGGCUUGUAAGAUAUUUAAGAAAAUGCUCUGCUAGGAAAUCAGUUAUCUUUUGUUCUAAAUAAUAUUCAGUGUGAUGCAGGAGGUUUCUUUCAAGCACUUUCUUUAAAAUAAACAUACUCGCUGCAUUAGUUCCAUUUUUCACAUUGCUAUAGAAUUACAUAAUAACACCUAGUACUAGAAACCAGGUAAUUAUAGAAUCAUAAGAUAAGAAUUGGAAGGGACCUCUGGAGAUAGAGUCCAACUGCUUGCUAAAGCAGGUUCCCUACAGUAUGUUGCAUGGGGAAAAUGUCCAGGUGGGUUUUGAAAUCUCCAGAGAAGGAGACUCCACCUCUCUGUGCAGCCUAUCCCAGUGCUCUGUCAUACUCUUAAAUAUUCCCUUAUGGAAUCCAUCCAACAACAAAAUGUCCGUUUCCACAGAAAAAUGUGGAAGCAUCGAAAGCAUGUUUUGAAGGGGCUUCUCCUGCACUAGCUAUUUAAUAAGCAAGAAAAUAUUUUAUCACUUCUGUUCUUACUCAAUUUUCCCGAAGGCAAAUCCAUUCAAUGAGUAUCAGAGUAACUUGCAAGAAGCUGAAGUUCCAGAGAUACAAGCAUCAGCUCUGCACUUUUUCCUGGAGUUCCAAUGCUGCCUCUUAUUUCAGUCCAGUCAGAUGAUGUCAGGAGCACUGCCUCUGCUGCUGGUUUUAACUACUCUCUGUUCCUUCUGGAGACCUGCUGGAAGAGCUAACAUGCAUACUGCUUUUGUGGUGACUAGUUGGUGUGGUGAUGCUGCCAACCAUGUUGCUUGUUAAAGUUGAUGCAAGAUUAUCUAAAAACACAGGAGGAUAAUACUCUGAAUCAUCUGGGAUUAGUGAAAAGAAAUCCAAACCUAUCACAUCUGAGGAAAUGCUGGAUAUUGGAGGGUAAUGGAAUGGCAUGGGAUAGUCUGUUAACAGCCAAGGAAUAACAGCAUAUCAACUCUGACAGACGAUGGCUGAUACACGAGAACCCUCUUGGUUGGGCUUCCUUGUGUUUCCAGCAAGAAUAUGUGCUUCAUUUUGGCAGAAGGAUCUUCCAUUUCAUCCAAAGAGUUUUUAGUUGUCAAGUCAGUAAUACCAACUUCUUCCUCACUGCCCACUAUCUUGAAACAUGGUUUUCUAACAGCACUGGAUUUUUCUGUUUUGGUGCACUGCGAACUUAGAUUAUCACACCACCUUUUUUAGGCCUCGUGGACUACAAGGAACCAUCUUGAAGUUUAAUCUCACCCAUUCCUGAACAUUCAUCAAGGAUUUCUAUGAAGAGCCCAUCUAGUAUUAAGUGUUCAUAAGAUGCCUUUUUGUUACAUAUGGAAUGGAUCCAGGUAGGCUUCUUACAGAAUCAUUCAUUUGAAGAUGAAGAGUAGCAUCAAAACAUUGCAAGUGUGUGUGAGUAGCAGCCUGGCAUUGGAUUGUCAGUCUCAUUGCUCACAGAGGGCACAUCAGACAGAACUGUAGAUUGGCAAUUUCACUGUCAGGAUCCGUACUUAGUUUUUCUCUAAUUAGUGCUCUAGAAUGAUAAGGGUUUGGGAUAUCUUUCACUUUUAACCUCUGCAAAAGCAUAGCUGUAGUGAGCUGACAAAUGAGAAAUUCUUUCCAGAAGCCCAGGAAAUAGAAAUCUAUUCUAGCACUGCUGAUGACCAUAACUAGAGUUGUUAUAUUCAAGGGGCGUCCAGAUUCCUUCUGUUUAAUUCCAUUUGGUGGUUGUGGAGCAUAUGUUGAGCAAUGGAAACAGCUUCCUAUUUACUUUAAUGCACAAACUGUUAGGGUAAUUAUCUUCUUGAGGGCAGUUUGUUUCUGCUUGGUAUAGUGUUAGCUGAACUUGGACUUGGUAAUCUCUUUUGUACUCUGGCAAGAAGUCCCUGGAAAUACAGAUUUUUCUGACCUGCUGAGAUGUAAAGCAAAAAGGAAAAAAACUUAUCUUGGAACCUCUGAAUAUUGCUCUGUACUAAACUCAUAGGCUUGUUGAGUAGUAGUACAUCAAGCACAUUGUAAAAAGCAGGCCUUUCAGCUGGAUAUCAGGAAGGAUGGACAGGAUGGAAGGGGAUGGCUGCUGCAUCUCAAAAUGAGCCUUAGUGUCUUGCAGGAGCACAAAAUUGCCAGGCAAAGAAAGAAAGUGAAGUGUGACUAAAGUAGAGGAGAAUGGGUGAAUCCCAGCAGUGUCCCACCCAGGCUCUAUGGGAGAGGGACAGUCACAUGAAAAACAGCAGGUUUUAUAGCUGAUAUAUCCAAAAGUCCUUUGAUUGUCCAUGGGUACCUACAUCUAUAAAGUUCAUAGAAUCAUAAGGAUUGGAAGGAACCUCUGGAGAUCAUCUGGUCCUGCCCCUAAAGCAGGUUCCCUACAGUAGAUCGCGCAGGCAAGUGUUCGUGUAGGUCUUGAAUGUCUCCAGAGGAAGAGACACCACAACUUCUCUGGGCAGCCUGUUCCAGUGCUCCAUCACCCUCACAGUAAGAAAGUUCCUUCACAUGUUUGUAUGAAACUUCCUUUGUUCCUGUUCAGUCCCAUUGCCCCUUUUCCUGUCACUGGGAACCACCAAAAAGAGCCUGCUCCCAUCCAUUCGACAUCUGCUCAUACAUAUUUAUAAGCAUUGAUCCCCCCUCAGUCUUCCCCAGGCUGAACAGACCCAGCUCUCAGCUUUUCCUCAUACAGGAGAUGCUCCAACCCACAGCUAUCUCUGUGGCCCUCCACUGGACCCCCUGGGUAGUUCCCUGUCUUGAACUGGGCAGUACUCCAGGUGUGGCCUAGCCAGGACAGAGAAGAAGAGUUUCACCUCCCUUAACCUGCUGGCCACAGGGGCACAUUGCUGGAUCAUGGCCUACCUGUAGUCCACCAGGUCCUUCUCCACAGAGCUCCUCUCCAGCAGGCCAGCUCCUAGCCUGUACUAACGGAUGUGGUAAUUCCUCACCAGGUGUAGGACCUACUCUUGCUCUUUGUUGAAUCUCAUCAGGUUCCUCUCCACCGAACUCCCAGCCUGUCCUGGUCUCACUGAAUUGCAGCACAGCCUUCAGACAUGUCAGCCACUCCUCCUGGCUUUGUAUCAUCAGCAGACUUGUUGAGGGUGGACUCUAUCCCUUCAUGCAGGCUAUUGAAGAUGUUGAACAAGACUGGAACGAGCACCAAUUCCUGGGGAAUACCACUAGGUCCUGGAGUCUUAUUUGAACUGCUGGGCUGCAGCUGCUCUUCAGUAAGUGCAGUGCCCUCAUCAGGAGGUCAUUUUGGUCUGCUUUUAUUACACCCAACAAAGCCCAACAACUCUUGUAGUUCAGAAACAUAAGAACUUUACAUCAUAUUCUGCAGUUCCUUGAAAUCUGCAAUCUUCUAUGCACUGAUAGUACCAAGUAUUAUGCUGUGCAUUGUUCAAGUUUUAAAUACAUAAAAUAUCAGUAGUCUUGAGGAAUCAUUAAUUUGCUGAACAUUUUGAUUCUGCAGAAGAAUAAUUAAUAAAACCCUCAGAUGUAACUCCCAGUGUCAUGGUUCCCGUCUCUCAUGCUCUGACUUCAGCUGAUGAAGAACUUGCUGCAUAAUACAAGCCCUGGGGCUGCUUUCUUCUCUAGGCAUGCAUGGAUGAGGUCUGCUUUGGGCAGAGCUACCAGAGGUCUCCAGAGAGGUGGAUGCAGAGGUACAGGUGCUUCUUUUUUCUGUGGCUUAUUUUUGUUUUAUUAAAAAAAA